AUGUCUGGACGUGGAAAGAAACACGCAGUGGCUGGCAAACCUGGACACACACCAAAGAAAACCAAAUCAGCCAAGGCUGGUCUGCAGUUCCCCGUAGGUCGUGUCUACAGGCUCCUUAAAAGGGGGAACUACACUGACAGGAUUGGUCCCGGUGCCGCCAUCUACCUGGCUGCGGUGCUGGAGUACCUGAGCGCGGAGAUCCUGGAGCUGGCGGGGAACGCUGCACGGGAAAACAAGAAAACAAGGAUCCUGCCCAGGCACAUCCAGCUGGCUGUGAGAAAUGAUGAUGAGCUGAACAAGCUCUUCUCCUGUGUGAUUAUUGCUCAAGGAGGGGUUAUGCCAAACAUCCUUUCCCAGCUCCUUCCCAAGAAAACUGUUAGAGAUGCUGUUCCUUCUCAGCAACAAGCUAUCUAUGACUUUGGAAAAAAACUGGACUGUGUGACAGAUGGGGACAAGUCCCAGAAGAAGGAGAACCCACUGUCAGAGGUCUUGAGCUUCCUCAGGCUCUGCAGCAUGGUCACAAAGCAGCUUGGCCACUGCUGGCGGCACAAAGGACAGUGGUAUAGGUCACUGGGUUUAAUUCUUGACGACCGCAGCAAGAUUGAUGUCAGAAUGUCUGAAAGUGAGAAUACCACGAAACUCCUUGAGCCAAAGAAAACCAGAUCAGCCAAGGCUGGUCUGCAUUUCCCUGUGGGUCGUGUCUACAGGCUCCUUAAAAAGGGAAACUACACUGAUAGGAUUGGUCCCAGUGCCGCCAUCUACCUGGCUGCGGUGCUGGAGUACCUGAGCGGGGAGAUCCUGGAGUUGGCAGGGAAUGCUGCACGGGAAAACAAGAAAACGAGAAUCCUGCCCAGGCACAUCCAGCUGGCUGUGAGAAAUGAUGAUGAGCUGAACAAGCUCUUCACCUGUGUGACCAUCGCUCAAGGAGGGGUGUUACCUAACAUUCUUCCUGAACUUCUUCCAAAGAAGACCACCUCACUUAAACCGCCCCGCAAAUAUGUCCAGUCACAGGAGUUCUAG